AUGCAGCUCGGCCAGCUAGCCAAUGAAAUGAAAACUAGGCCACAAGGAUCUUUGCCUAGUGAUACAGAAAACCCAAGGAGAGAUGGGAAAGAACACCGUAAAGCUAUUCAGCUGCGGAAUGGUAAAAAUCUGGGAAAUUCUGAGGAAAUACAAGGUAGUGGAGAGCCCACUUCAAUCCAAAGUGAAGGAGAAACAAGUAACAAAACUGCCCAGGAAAUUGCUGAAACUGGCCCAGUUGCUACAGCAAAGGGUCAGCAAACUGCUCCAGUAAAUUCUGGUCCUAAACCGCCCCUUCCAUUUCCGCAGCGAUUUCGCAAACAACAACAGGAUGGUCAGUUCAGAAAGUUUUUGGAUGUACUGAAACAGCUGCAUAUUAAUAUCCCCUUGGUCGAAGCAUUGGAGCAAAUGCCGAAUUAUGUCAAGUUCUUAAAGGAUAUUUUGACGAAGAAAAGGCGUUUGGGGGAGUUUGAAACUGUAGCACUUACAGAAGGAUGCAGCGCAAUGUUGAAAAGUAAAAUACCCCCUAAAUUAAAAGAUCCUGGCAGUUUUACAAUUCCGUGCUCAAUUGGGGGUAGAGAUGUGGGAAGAGCAUUAUGCGACUUAGGCGCUAGUAUCAACCUUAUGCCUAUGUCAAUUUUCAAGAAGCUGGGCAUUGGUGAGGCAUGA